AUGACACAGUCUUCACAGUUCAAUGGCAACCGCUAUCUACAACCCGCUCCCAUGGCAGAAUCGGUAGGGCCCGGUGUCCAUCCCGAAAAUCUCAACGACGCGCCCGACCAGGACUGGUCACAAUGGAUGCAAUGGGAUUGGGAUGGCACAAGUCCCGGUGCUAUAUCAAAGAGUGACAUCGAGUCGUCAGAUUUGAGUCCGAAAUUCAAUACAUCGGCAGUGCCGGCUGUUGACAGGACUGAUCUUGCAUCGAACUCAUUAUUCCCAACAUCUAAUGCAAGAAAGAUUGUGGCCAAGCCGUCCAGUCUCCAGUCUGAAGGCCAAAGUCCAGCGUCUUUUGCUCGGCGUCGAAAUAAUGCAGGUGCUAAAGUAGAUGUUCAUUCAAGUCGAAAGCGAAAGACUUCCAGCGAGGAUGACGAUGGCUCCGUGGAAGCCGGUGAUGAUUCACCUCCAGAGUCAAAACUCCAACCAUCAAAGAAACGCUCACACAACGUCAUCGAGAAAAGGUAUCGGGCUAAUCUGAAUGAAAAGAUCACGGAGCUUAGAGAUAGCAUACCAAGUCUACGUGGUUUGACCAGAGACGCCAAUGGGGGAGCUUCGAUCCAUGACGACGACUUUUCAACUGGGAACAAGCUCAACAAAGCGUCUAUUCUGUCCAAGGCAACCGAGUACAUUCGCCAUCUGGAGUUGCGCAACAGUCGACUUGAAGAGGAGAACAAAGCUUUGAAAACAAGGCUACGUCAGCUUGACAAGGCCGUGAUUAUCGAACAAUCAGCAUCAACAUCUGUUGGAUCCGCAUCAUCACCGGACAGUUAUUCGGGAACUAUUGAUAGCCUUGAGUCGCCACCAAGUGUUUUCUCUCAUGCAGAUGAAUCUCCGAAUUAUCGAACGGCGUCAACGUCGACUAAUCCUCCCGAAGGGAUGAUCAAAGUUCCAGAUUACAUCAAGAAAAUGCGAGCUAUGGCACCCACACAAGGCAUUUUUGCCGAAUCUUAUAUCAAGGACGAGCCAAAACCUCAGCAACCGGCCGGACAGGCCCGCAGAGGCAUGACGCCUGGAAGUAAACUCUUCCUGGGUACUAUUGCAGGUUUAAUGGUUCUACAGAACAUACCAACGGAGAAAGAAUCCGAUGAAAAGGGACUGCUGGCGGUCCCAGUUAACAUGCUUAAUAAUUUCUUGACUACCACCUUUACAUCAGUACAGACAACAUUGCCGGUCUGGACUCAGAAUCUGGAUCCAUGGAGUGCAUGGCAGUUCAAAGCCAUAUCGAGUCUGCUUCUUACCGGCAGCCUUGUCGUUGGAAGUGCCUUUUUCGUCUUUCUCUACUUGUUUUACGCCCGUCCAAAAUCUGAGAAUGACUCACCGAAGGGUGCUUCGGCGGCUGGAAUCAGGAUGACACCAGCAGAAAUUAAGAGGCAGGCUUGGUUAACCAGCAUGCAGAGACUCGGCGUACCACAACACAGAUUUUUCUUGGAGUGGUUUGCCGUUACUUCCAGAUGGGUUGAAUACAGCAUCUGUUGCCUAAUUGGUCGGAGCGUGUAUUCCUGGAUUACAGGCAUCACAGAAGAGGACGAGAAGGGCCGAAUCAAGACCUGGGAUAUUGCGAUCGAUGCUCAAUUAGCCGGCGGUGAUACCGAAGUCAGCAAAUCACGCCUUGUCCUCACCAUUUUUGCAUCUGGCACUCUACCCCGCAGUCCUGGAAGGAUAAUGAUGAAAGCAUUCCAUUGUCGUAUAUUGCUUUGGCGAGUUGGCGAACGAGGUUCCUUUAUCUCCAUACUUGCGAACAGUGUCGCACGUGUGCUGGCAACUUACCAGUGGAACCUGGCGCGGGAUUUGAAUCGAUCCCUACCAAAGGACCAUCCAGAUGCUCUGCCAAGCCAUUUGUCGGCGUUACUCGAAAUCGAGUGCAAUGAUGUUCUACUUGACACCAUCGUCCAGCGAGCUGUGAAUCUAACUUGGAGUCGACCUACCCAAGAAGGCCUCGAUGAGGAUGAAGCAUUGCUAGACGUUGUGGCAGAGGAUCCAGCAGUUCAAACCUUUGCCGAUAGCAUCGCCGCCUGGUGGUCCAGUCAUUUGCUGCAGAAGGCUUUGUUGAAUUCAUUCGACAUAGCAGCCGGCGGAACCUGUGGAAGAAAGGAACUUGAAAAACAAAUCAACAUUGCUUUACAAGUUGCGCCACGUCUAUCUGCUGCCCACACCAGAGCAGCAGCUAUGCGUGCAGUGCUGUUUGAACAGAGUAGGCUUUAUGAUAUCAAAACAGUUCUCAACGCCUUACCAUCGAAGAAUAAUCACCCACAAUCUCAAGGGGUGUCAAAUUUCCUCGACUCGUCUAUACCGAUGUCCGUACGAAACGAGCUCGCCAUCUCUGUCCGAUGUGCCAUGAUAGUGGCCAUCAUCAAAGCAAGAACGACCAACGACACUUCUUUCCCAUCGCAUUUGACUAUCCGGAAGGCCAUCAACUGGCUCAACGAGAUUCCUCUCGACCCAAUCGAAUUAACACUAAUCAGUUUCGCGGCGGUAUAUCAUCUCCUCCACACCGUCGUAGCCUAUGGCGAUCUAUUAUCGUCAUCCUCCGCAUCCUCAUCCUCAUCAGCGACAUCAUCGGACUUUUCAAUCUCUACCACCAAAUCCGCACCAUCAGCACCAUCAGCACCAUCUCCACUAAUCAAAUCCGACUCUUCGUCUUCUCCGACACACAAACGCGCCCGAUCAAACAGCGCCUCCGAACCAACACCCCAAUACAACCGUAUCGCGAACGACCUCGUCUACUGGGCCCGCAACGCAUACAACCCCGCCUUUUACGGUCUGACGGGCAGCAUGAUCGACACGGUCGAAGCGGAAUGCGUCUCAAUCUGUAAAAAUGUGGGCAUUGAUUUGAUUGCGCAGGAUUCAAAGACGUUGCAGUCGAGUAUUCGCAGACUGAUUCAUAAGGAGGAUCAGAAGCAGAAACACGGACGAACGAAAAGGGUAUCCAUUAGCGAGAAGAGAAAGGGGGUGGUGCACGAGCAGGAGGAGGAUAGUAGACGGAAAAGUCUGGAGAGUAAUGAUACGGGGUAUGCGAGUGAUUCCCGAUGA